GCGCGUUGUCCGGUACCGGUGAUCUAACCACGCCGCAAAUAUGAUGGGCCGACCGGUUCUCGUGCUUAGUCAGAACAUCAAGAGAGAAUCUGGACGGAAGGUCCAGAUUGGAAACAUCUCUGCGGCUAAGACCAUAGCAGACAUCAUCAGGACAUGCCUAGGACCAAGGGCUAUGAUGAAGAUGCUGCUGGAUCCCAUGGGUGGUAUCGUCAUGACCAAUGAUGGCAAUGCCAUUUUGAGAGAGAUCCAGGUCCAGCAUCCUGCUGCCAAGUCCAUGAUUGAGAUUAGCCGCACACAGGAUGAAGAAGUUGGAGAUGGGACCACCUCUGUCAUCAUUCUAGCGGGUGAGAUGCUGUCAGUGGCUGAGCAGUUUUUGGAGCAGCAGAUGCAUCCUACUGUGGUGAUCGGUGCAUACAGACAAGCUCUGGAUGACAUGUUGAACAUACUCAAAGACAUAAGCACUCCAGUAGAUGUGAGUAAUCGAGACAUGAUGUUGAAGAUAAUAAACUCUGCAAUCAACACCAAAGCACUCAGCCGCUGGUCCACAUUGGCCUGUAACAUCGCUCUGGAUGCUGUCCGUACUGUUGAGCUGGAGGAAAAUGGACGCAAAGAGAUUGACAUUAAGAAGUAUGCCAAAGUUGAAAAGGUUCCUGGUGGCAUUAUCGAAGAUUCAUGCGUGCUGAGGGGUGUGAUGGUGAAUAAGGAUGUAACUCAUCCCCGCAUGCGCAGACUCAUCAAGAACCCCAGAAUUGUUCUGCUGGACUGUUCUCUGGAGUACAAGAAGGGCGAGAGCCAGACUGAUAUUGAGAUUGCUCGUGAGGAAGACUUCGCCCGCAUUCUGCAGAUGGAGGAAGAAUACGUUCAGCAGAUCUGUGAAGACAUCAUUCGGCUCAAACCUGACCUAAUCUUCACAGAGAAGGGCAUUUCUGAUCUGGCUCAGCACUAUUUGAUGAAAGCAAACAUCACUGCUAUCCGCCGUAUCAGGAAGACGGACAACAACCGCAUUGCAAGAGCGUGUGGUGCACGUAUUGCCAGCAGAACCGAUGAGCUCACUGAAGAUGAUGUGGGUACAGGAGCAGGCCUUUUUGAAGUCAAGAAGAUCGGCGACGAGUACUUCACCUUUGUGACAGAGUGUAAAGACCCCAAAGCAUGUACCAUCCUGCUCAGAGGAGCCAGCAAGGAAAUCUUGGCGGAAGUGGAACGAAACCUACAGGAUGCCAUGCAAGUGUGUCGUAAUGUCCUGCUGGACCCAUAUCUGCUGCCGGGUGGUGGCGCAGUGGAGAUGGAGGUGUCCCAUCGGCUGACGGAGCGCUCUCGAGCUAUGACUGGUGUGGAGCAGUGGCCGUACCGCGCUGUAGCUCAGGCUCUGGAGGUUGUCCCUCGCACACUCAUCCAGAACUGUGGAGCUUCAGCCAUUCGUGUGCUCACUUCUCUGAGGGCCAAGCACACUCAGGAGGGAAACUCCUCAUGGGGUGUUAAUGGAGAGACAGGAACUCUUGCUGAUAUGGAGCAGCUGGGAAUCUGGGAACCGCUGGCUGUUAAAGCCCAGACUUACAAAACUGCAGUGGAGACGGCUAUCCUGUUACUGCGCAUUGAUGACAUCGUUUCUGGCCACAAGAAGAAGGGAGAUGGAGAGCAGACGGGUGGAGCACCGAUGGAGGACAGAGAGUAGAGGAGCUGGAGAUCUUGAGGAUGAAGGAACUACAGUCUAGAAGGACAGUAAUGCAGCAAAUGAAGAGCAAACACACACGAGCAUUUAUCUGUGCAAAACACACAACGUUCUCAUCAGAAAUCCAUUUGCACCAGUGCUUUGUGUUGUCAUUAGGCCAGAAGCUCUUCUUCCCUCAUUUUUAUUUUCCGCCGGCAAAUGGAACGACCCGGGAUUGGAUUAGAAUGUGUUUGUGCUAGUAUCUCUGUGCUUCAUUUUGCUGGUAUUGUUACUUUGUAUUUCCUACCGGUGAUAAAUUUCAA